AUGGGCCUAGAAAAGGACAGCGCUCAGGUUAUUUCUGAGGAGCCGGAGACUACCUCAUCCCUCCAAUCGACGAAAAACCCCUGCACUAAUGAGGUCGAUGGAAGGAAACCGCCGCCUUUACUCGCCAAGCUGACUGCUGUCGUGGUGAUCUCCUGCAUCAGUUUUGGCUCCCAUUGGAGUACCGGUGUUACCGGAGCCAUGAAGAGCACAAUCAAGAAGCAAAUGCAUGUUACAAACACCCAAUUCUCGCUUCUGGAAGCCAGCGAGAAGUUCAUGGCUACCAUUCUGCUUCUCGCAGGCGGGAUUGUCACCGAUCGAGUCGGUGGUGCUCGGAUGAUCGUUUAUGGGAAUGCUGUGUAUACCGUUGGUUCAAUCUUGGUAGCAGCAGCAACCACGGUCAGAUCCUUUAGGUUUAUGAUAGGGGGAAGAAUCAUCCUCGCACUUGGCGACAUUGCGACCCAGACAGCGCAAUACAAGAUGUUUUCUUCAUGGUUUCCGCCCAGCAAUGGCUUUGCUUCUACUCUUGGGUUCGAGCUCGCUGUCGGAAAGAUCGGAGGAUUUGUCGGCAAGUCAACUGCCAACGUUAUCGCUAAGCAUACUGGCAACUUUGCUUGGGUCUUUUGGACUUCUGUUUUCAUGAAUCUUUUCACGAACGCAGCGACCGUCUUCUUCUGGAUCUUCAACCGUUACUGCGAGAAGCACUACCGUGGUCGCGAAGACAAAGCCACUCAGGAGACCUUGACUGAGAAGAACACGAAAUUUGAGAUUCGCAAGAUAUUCCAACUUCCUUGGAUGUUCUGGGCAGUCUUGGCCUUUUCGAUGUUCCAGACCAGCACCGCCAGUGUCUUCAGCUCCAAUGCGACUGAGUUGGCCCAGAAGAGAUUCGACGUCGACGCAAUCAAGGCGGGUUGGUAUAGCGCUUUGGCACAAUAUGCUGGCUUCUUCCUUGUUCCUUGUCUCGGGGUCUUCAUUGAUAUCAUCGGCCAUCGAGCUUCAGUCUUAUGCGUGUGCGGCCUUGGGAUGUUCAUCAGCAUGAUCCUCGUCAAUUUCGCUUCCGCAAAGCAGGGAACCGCCGCAUCGUUCGGUAUCUAUGCUGUGGCCGUGUCGUUGGGUCCCACCUCCAUCAUCGACGGGAUCCGCACAACCUUGUGGCAUCAAUCUGUGUUUGGGUCCGCGUACUCCUUGAAAGUGACCAUGAACAACGCAAUGACUAUCAUCAUUGGCAUCAUCACCGGCGCUCUUCAGGAUGCAGACAAUGACUCCUACCGUCGUGCGGUGCGAGUCUACCUCUUCCUGGCCAUUUGCUGUGCCAUCGUCUCGAUUCUCCUCCUGAUCGGAUCCUACACUGGAAGAGAUCUGGCGCCCCUGCAAUGGUCUCGGAAGAAGCGUCUUGCUUUGGGAGCUGAAUUCUUCGCGACGCUGCGCGAGCAUCAUCUGGUGACGCAUUAUCAGCGAAGCAGACGCAUCUCGAUUGCAUGUUUCACAGUCCUCCUGUUGCUCACGCUUGGCAGCUGGGCUGCGUAUAUUUGGGGCGCAGCGACGGGCAACCAUAUAUGA